AUGGAGCUGAUUCCCUACACGUCGAGGGAGGGUCGCGAGAUCGUCUUACGGCACCGCAAUGCCCUCGUCGUCCGUGACCCGACGUCCCAGCGCCUCGAGAUCCGGGGUAUUGACCUGACCAAAUGCCCCACCUGUCAUCAGCCUUUACGAGCGCGAUCUGCUUCACCCGAGCGCCACUUCGAUAUACCCACCCAGAAUGAGUCCUAUGUAGACCCCAACUACUUUCGGAUGCUCCAGGCCGGACUCGAUACAGACGAUGAACACAAUGCCCAGCGCCAGGCCCCGUCCAGCCCCGUCCGGAGGCUGACGAGACCUCUGCCAAGCGGCGACCCUAGGCCGCAAGACGCCGAUGAAGCCGAGUUCGUCUCGAGCAUCCCCGCGCCCCGAGAAGGCGCUCGCAUACGGCGCGCUGCUUUUAAUCAGGACUACUUCAAGACCUUCUUCGUCGAGGAGGGGGAACUAGGCCGAGGCGGAAAGGGUGUCGUCCUGCUGGUCCGCCAUGUCCUCGACCGCUGUGCCUUGGGCCACUUCGCCUGCAAGAGAGUCCCUGUGGGCGACGACCACGCCUGGCUGGAGAAGGUCUUGAUAGAGGUCGAGCUGCUAGCCAAGCUGACACACCCCAACCUUGUUUCCUAUCGGCAUGUGUGGCUCGAGGACGUCAAGCUCCAUCGUUUUGGCCCCAGUGUGGCAUGCGCCUUCAUACUCCAGCAAUAUUGCAACAGCGGCGACCUCCUACGCUAUAUCGUCGGCGAACAGCCCAAGGAGACGACGAAGGAGCAGCUCAAGGCACGCAUGCGCCGGCGAUCCAAAGACACGGCUGACCACGCCCAGGACGCACCUGCAGUUCCCACUCUGCGCCGUCUUCCAUUUGAGGAGAUAUAUGCCCUGUUCAGAGACAUCACCUCCGGGCUCGCAUACCUCCAUGCCGCCAACUACAUCCACCGUGACCUCAAACCCAGUAAUUGCCUGCUCCAUCUUGAAAACGGGAAGCUCACCUGCUUGAUCAGUGACUUUGGCGAGGUCCAGCCUGGUGAUGCCGUUCGAAAGUCGACAGGCACAACGGGGACUAUAUCUUAUUGUGCUCCAGAGGUCUUGAAGAUGGAUGCCCUCGGCCGCUUCGGUGACUUCACCACCAAGUCCGACGUCUUCUCUUUGGGCAUGAUUUUGUACUUUUUGUGUUUCGGUCGUCUUCCCUAUUCCAGCGCCAAUAUAGCCCAGGAGGAGUUGGAGGACGUUGACCAGCUUCGAGCAGAAAUUACUCACUGGGAGGGCUUUCAGGACGAGAGGAGAGAGCGACCUGACCUACCUCCACAACUUUACCAGUUACUGAAGAAGAUGUUGGCGCUCGAGCCUGCCCAGCGACCAAGCGCCACCGAAGUGCUCAGUGUGAUGAAUCACGAAUCUCAUCAUGGUGGGCUGCGUACGGUGCCGAGGAGUACGAGCCCUCCCAUAGGAUUGCAAGGUCGUCGAAUCCAGAGCCUCGACUCCCCCAUGCCCCCCAGCACUCCCCAGCCAGAACCCGUGAAGCAGCGGUACGGCAGUAUGGAGCCCGAGGACCAUGCCACUUUCGAUGGUGGUUUCAGCUCGGAUCAUGUGAAUCAGUCACCCCAAGCAAGCCUGGAAAACAGCCUCCAGAAAUACUUGAAGUCUAGCAAACCCCGUCAUCGACCACAAGCCAUGACGCUAUCCCGCAGCCAGGACAACAUCGUCCACUCACCCCCCGAUCGAGCCCUUGCCACGGGAAUAGCUCAUUCACCUUCACCCUCCAAUAUCCAGACCCCUCUACUCAUGCCACCCCCAGUAGAGCCCCUUGGAGCAUGGGGGCAACGAGCGAUGCUCUCUCAGUAUUUCUUGAGCAACCAUAGCGAGUCGAUAAUCUUCACCGUUCGGUUUGGCUUGUUCCUGGUCAAGAUCGCAUCACUUGCACAAGUUUGCUGGCCUUUCAUCGUCAAUGCUGGCGUUGGUGUGCCCCUGGUCGGUGUUGCAGGACUGGACCUCGCAAUGCCGUCCAGCUCUUACCAAGGAGGUUCACGUAGGCAGAUAUCCAAGGAUUCGUCACAAACUUGGAGAUGGGGCUGGCGGGUCAGCACUUUCUUGCUCAUGUUGCAUUUCAUAGCAUUAGGGGCCAUAUCACGAUGGGGAGCCCUCUGCGCCACACGUGAUGAGCGGCUAGAUUGGUAA